GGUCGGCAGUACCGCUGGGGUGGGGGAGCUCCAGGGCAGAGUGACACCUGUGUCGGAGGGGCUCCAGACCGGUGACCGAGUGAGUUAGCGCCGUGUGUGUGUGUGUGAGUAGCUGACUGAACUCCUCGGCCCGCGGCCGCCAUGGUGCUGUCGAGCGGCCCGCCGCGGCGCCUGCUGCUCGUCUCCAGCCGGUACCGGUACGCCCAGCAGGUCAGCAGCUGCACGGCGCCCGGCGUGCUGGCCGUCCGCUACAGCUUCGAGCUGAGCACGGCAGCGGACGUGCUCAGUCUGGUGGAGGGUGCGCUGGGCGGCGGCCGCGCCGCCUCGCUGGCCUGCGUGCUGCACGGCUCCGACAGCGAGCUGUUCCUCUGCCAGCCCGGCGAGCUGACGCUGACAGCCGAGUCGUGCACCGAGGACGCCGCCGUGCGCGACCUCAUGUCCGGCCUGGGCCGGUUCAUCGAGCCCGGCCCGGCGGCGCGGCUCGACUUUCUGGACGCGCGCGUGUCGCCGCUCUACGACGGCGGCUUCAUCGCGCGCCAGCUCGAGUCGCUGCUGCAGAUGCCGGUGGGCACCUGGAACUCCCUAUACGGCAGUGACGUCCAGGUGCGUUCAGACCGACUCGACACGGAACAGAUCGGAGAGAUCUACUUCAACACGGCCACACUGCGCAUCGCCCUCAAAGAGGCUGCCAACGUGAAAAAGUUCGCCGCCAAGGACCUGUCCAACUACGAGCGGAUCCGCGUGGUGGGCAAGGGCGCGUUCGGCCAGGCGAUCCUCUACCAGAAGAAGGACGACUCGAGCCUCGUCGUCAUCAAGGAGGUCAACAUGCACGACCUCUCGGCCGACGAGCGCAAGCUGGCAAUCAACGAGAUCGAGGUGCUGGCCAUGAUGGACCACCCCAACAUCGUGGCCUACUACGACAACUUUGAGCGGGACGGCCUGCUGUUUAUCGAGAUGGAGUACGUGGACGGCGGCACGCUGGCGCAGUACCUGUCCAGCCAGGCCAAGCGGAUCGACGAGCGCACCAUCCUGGUCAUCUUCCACCAGAUCGUCUCGGCCGUGCGACACAUGCACGAGCACAACGUGCUGCACCGCGACCUCAAGACGGCCAACAUCUUCCUCACCAAACAGGGCGUCGUCAAGGUGGGCGAUUUCGGCAUCUCCAAGAAGAUGGCGACGCACCAGGGCGCGGCGCACACGGUGCUCGGCACGCCCUAUUACAUCAGCCCCGAGAUGUGCGAGGGACAGCGCUACGACGCCAAGUCGGACGUCUGGGCGCUCGGCUGCAUCCUCUACGAGAUGGCCUGCCUGCAGAAGACGUUUGAGGGCUCCAACCUGCCGGCGCUCGUGCACAAGAUCAUGAAGGGUCAGUUCGCGCCGAUCCGCGGCAACUACUCGCCGGGGUUCCGUCAACUGGUGCGCGACUUGCUGCAGCGCGACCCGGACUUCCGUCCGAGCGCCGCCGAGACGCUCUACGACCGGCUGCCGGUGCUGCUCAACCAGUUCCGCUACCAGAAACUGGAGGAGGGCGACGAGGACGAGAGCACGGAGGUCCGCCUAAACAUCGAGCCGGCGUCCAAGACUCGGUCUCCGCGACCGCCGCGCUCCGUGCUCUACUACAUGAAGGCCAGCGAGACGUCCAUCGGCCUGCUGCCGAUCCCGCUGCCGCCGCGCGCGCGCAUCAAGGAGGUGUCCGUCUCCAACACGCACAUGAUCGCGCUCACCACCGAGCACCUGGUGUUCACCUGGGGCGAGGGCAAGAAGGGCCAGCUGGGCCACGGCGUCACCGAGAGCUGGCGCGCCAAACCCGAGCUGGUGGUGGCGCUCAAGACAAAGUCCAUCACGCGUGUCUGCGCCGGGGACGGGUUCAGCGUGUUCGCCAGCGACAACGGCAUCGUGAUGACGUGCGGGGACGGCACGUACGGCUGCCUCGGCCACGGCAACUGGAACAACAUCAACACGCCCAAGCUGGUCGAGUCGCUGCUGACGGUGGACGUGGCGGCGAUCGCGUGCGGCCGCCGCCACGUGGUGGUGGUCGGCGGCGGCGGCGAGGUGUACAGCUGGGGCCAGGGCCAGGGCGGCCAGCUGGGGCUCGGCCACGAGGAGGACUGCAGCCUGCCGCAGGAGGUCACCAUCCCCGACGACCAGGUGGUGGAGAACGUGCGCUGCGGCGGCGACGGCACCAUCUUCAUCACCCAGCAGGGCACCCUGCUGGCCUGCGGCAGCAACGAGCGCAACAAGCUCGGCCUCAACGCCAGGCGCGGCCUGAUGCAGUCCAUGGGCCGCGGCGCAGAGGUCGAGAAGGCGCUCCUGCCCACGCCCGUCAAGUCAGUCACCUCUAAGAUCAUCGACGUCAGCAUGGGGCCGCACCACACGGUGGCGCUGACCGAGAACGGCCACCUGGUGUCGUUCGGGCGCAGCUCAGAGGGACAGCUGGGCCACACGCGCGGACGCGCCGCCGGGCAGCCCAACCUGGUGCGCAGCAUGAUGGACAAGACGGUGACGAUGGUGCAGUGCGGCAGCACCUUCACCGUGGUGGGCACCAUCGACAACGUGCUCUACCUGUGGGGCACGCGGCGCGUCAGCCAGGCGGCCGGCGGCGCUGUCAGCCGGCCGGGCAGCGAGCAGCCGGCGGCAGCGGCGGCCGGCGGCUCGGCGCGCGCCGCCGCCUCCGCCGCCGCCGGCGAGUCCGAGCAGGAGGCCGACACGCAGCGCGAGGUGCAGCUGCAGCCGCGCGAGGUGCUCGCCCUGUACGCCUCGCAGGCGCAGAUUGCCAAGGGCGAGACGCUCAGUCUGGGCAGUCUGCACGCGCAGAGCCAGAACGUGUUCGUGGUGGUGGACACGACGUGUCCGCUGCCGCGUCUGCCGGCGCCGGCCGGCGGCUCGGGCUCGCCCGACAUGAGCACGAGUCCGCAGCAGGGCCGCGCAGCCGCCGCCGCCGCCAAACCCGGCAGCCCGUCCUACCGACCGCCGAGCAAAGAUCGCCGCAACCACGAGCGCGAACAGAUGCUCAACGACGAGAUAGAGAAACUGCGCGCCGAACUGGAGAACCAGAAACGGCUCCAGGCGCAGAUCAUGUCCGAAAAGAUAAAACAAGGAGAGGACGAUGGUGGCGAGCAGAGCACCGACAAGGCGGACACAGAGAAAGGCUGCGUGCUCAUGUGA